UAUAAGCCCCAGAACAGCAAACAAGUGCACGGUCAAAACCAUGUAAUCAAGAUGAAGGCCUCUUCAUACUGAGAUUACACACCCCAUUGCCUCCAAUCACAAACAAGGACGACAGGAACGCAAGUUAGGAGUCAUCUGAUUUUGCAAGGAUUGACAAAGCAUGGCUAACAACAAUCCAGCAGAGAAAACAAGAACUGCAUGGGAUUUGAAAAGUCAGCUUUGUUUUUGUGCUUUGGAUUUGAAGUUGAUUAAAUAAUCGAAAAGGCUAGGCUAUUAGGUCAUGAUUUCUAUGUUACAGCUGUCCAGCUCAGGUUGACAGACAGUCUGCAAGGCCUGCUGAUUGAAGAAGAGAGGCAGAGGAAAUCUCUGUGGUUAGCACAGCAACCGUCAAUGGAUUGUGAAAAGAGACAUGAUCAAAGGCAGAAAAAGAGCAUUUAGAAAGCUUCCUUUUGGUAGAGUUUGAUGACAUUGUAUUGAUACAUAUUGAGCAGUUGUCCUAAUCACUGUAAGUUUGCCAGAGAGUGUUACUGCUUCGCAUAAAACUUAAAUGGAUUUUUCUACAAGCUGGGCAUGUUAAAAGCAAUCAUGAAAGGGUCACUGCUGUUCAUUUCAAGUAUCAUCAUACUAGCAGAUGUGGCAAAUGGUUGUCCUCCAAAAUGCCUAUGCCACCAGUUUUCAAGGACAGUGGAUUGCCGGAACCGACGACUUACUGAAAUCCCUUUACACUUACCGGUUGGAACUCACAUACUGCUUUUAUCAAAUAAUCGUAUUCAGAAAAUCAGUCAACAUGCUUUCACUGAUACAUCAGCUCUAAAAAUUCUGGAUUUAUCUAAUAAUUCCAUCUCAGGUUUAUUGCCCGGCACAUUCAAAGACCUGCAAAACCUACAGAUUCUAAACCUCACUAAAAACUAUAUUGGAUAUGUAGACAACAAGACCUUUAGUUUCCUUCCACGCCUAAAAGAACUGGAUUUAUCAUUUAACAAUAUAUUCAGUCUGCCAGGAACAUUAGGAAAUAACACAAGGCACAUAACUUUAUUAUCUCUGAAGCAUAAUAAACUCCAAAAAAUAGAAAGACUUCUAUUGGAAUCACUUCCAAAUCUGAAAGUAGUUCUUUUCAAAGGUAAUUUCUGGCAGUGCAAUUGUGAAGUAUUUGGCCUUAAAUUGUGGUUGGAAAGUUUUCUCUAUAGAGGAGGCAUUAGUGAUGCUGUAAUCUGUUCUUCACCUGAAAACCGGAGAGGAAAAGAUGUCCUCAGAAUCCCUUAUGAGUUGUAUGGGAUCUGCUCUCCUGCAGUUUCUCAAGUUCAACAGGCCAAUAUCCAUCACUAUUCUGAGCACAGAAGUUCCCUGAAGCAUGGCCACCCCAGUGAAUAUGGAGGAGAUGGCAGCCGCUCACAUUGUGAACCUAAGCCAAAGCCACGUCCUGUGAGCUUGCGACAUGCACUGGCCACUGUAAUAAUAACUGGAGUGAUCUGUGGGAUUGUGUGUCUCAUGAUGUUGGCUGCUGCUGUAUAUGGCUGUGCUUAUGCAGCCAUGACUGCAAAAUACCACCGGGAGCACCCACCCCUUGGCAAGGAGACAGUGAGCCAAAGUGGGGAAAGAACAGUUUGAGAGUUGGGUUAAGAUUUCACAAACAACCAUCCCCCUGAUAUAGGGCUGACUUACAAGUCAGUUACUUUUGUUUUUUCAUUUUUUCAUAUUUAAUUUUUUCACUUGCAGAUAAACCUAAGAGGGAGCUGUCAAAGGGAGCAAAUGGACUCCUCCAGCACAUUAUUUCAUUCUAUAAUAUACAGAGAGAAAGAUGUUUGUAGCAUAAACCUUCAUAGAUUCAAUAUUUCAUCAGAUGCAUCUGAUACAUCAGAUGAAGUAGACUGGAACUAUGAAAACGUAUGAUACAAACUUCAGUCUCUUGCUGGUCACAAAUGUAAUGCAAGGUUCCUUUGUAUGCUAAUGAAGACAAAACAGCAAUGCUUCUGAAUGAAUUAUUUGGGCUUUUCAAAAACAGUUGUCUUUGUGUGUGUCCAACUAUUAUUGAGCACUCAUUCUCUGCCCAUGCAGGAUGAGAGGGUUUACUUAUUAAUUUUUAGAAAUACUGCUCUAUCCCCACACAUGGCUACAAGGUGGGGAUAAUGAAUAAAAUCAUGAUCGGAGAGCAAAAGAUUUUAAACCCCCACUUUGUGUAUUAUGGGAGAGGCUGGAGGACAGCAAAAAUUAGAGAAAUAAAAAGAACAAU